CGUCCCGUCCAUCCUCUCGCAAAACCCUAACUCUACCUUGCUCAGUCGCUGGUGGCGCCAGAUCUCUCUGUAUCUUCCGUUGAGCUCCAAUGGUGAGAGUUAGUGUUUUGAAUGAUGCUCUUAAGAGCAUGUACAACGCGGAGAAGCGCGGGAAGCGCCAGGUCAUGAUCAGACCUUCCUCGAAAGUGAUCAUCAAGUUCCUUCUUGUCAUGCAAAAGCAUGGAUACAUUGGCGAGUUUGAAUAUGUUGAUGAUCACAGGGCUGGUAAAAUUGUCGUCGAGUUGAAUGGGAGGCUAAACAAGUGUGGUGUCAUCAGUCCUCGUUUUGACGUCGGUGUCAAGGAGAUUGAAGGCUGGACUGCUAGGUUGCUUCCAUCCAGACAGUUUGGAUUCAUUGUGCUGACGACCUCAGCUGGAAUCAUGGAUCACGAGGAGGCAAGGAGGAAGAAUGUCGGUGGCAAAGUUCUUGGUUUCUUUUACUAGGUCUGCUGUGGCUUCAAGGUGUUUCUCGGUCGAUGAGUUGGGUUCUGGUUAUGGAGUUUCGGCGUAUGAUUUGGAAGGUGUUCUUUGCUAUAGGAUACUUAAUUUUGUUGCUUCUGGUUUAGGCUUUUUCUCAGCUUCUUGGUUGUAGUUGAAGUUGCAUCGACCUUGUUGAAAACUGGGAAAGGAUUGAAGCACAAUGUUCCUCUGCCUUCACAUAUAUUUGAAUAUUCAUGGGUUUCUUACUGCGUGUAUCUGAGUUGACCCUUGCUUAUGUGCUGGAUUUAUGCUGUUUUCAGACUUUCAGUUCAUUGAAGAGUGAUAAUUUCCAUUUGGCAGUAUA